AUGGAUACCUCCAGGGUCCUGCUCUCGGCCGUCUUCCUCAUCAGUUUCCUGUGGGAUCUGCCGGGUUUCCAGCAAGCUUCCAUCUCUUCCUCCUCGUCAUCCGCCGAGCUGGGCUCCGCCAAGGGAAUGCGAAGCCGCAAGGAAGGAAAGAUGCCGCGGGCGCCGAGAGAGAAGGCCACGGCCCGGACGCCCCUGGAUCGCCAGGAGCCCCAGCCGAGGCCGCAGGGGGAGCCCCAGAGGCGGCCGCCACAGCAGCCCGAGGUUCGGGAGCCUCUCGGCGGGGGCCCGCGCGUGGUGCCGCACGAGUACAUGCUGUCAAUCUACAGGACUUACGCCAUCGCCGAGAAGCUGGGCAUCAAUGCCAGCUUUUUCCAGUCUUCCAAGUCGGCUAAUACGAUCACUAGCUUUGUAGACAGGGGACUAGACGAUCUCUCGCACACUCCUCUCCGGAGACAGAAGUAUUUGUUUGAUGUGUCCACGCUCUCAGACAAAGAAGAGCUGGUGGGCGCGGAGCUGCGGCUGUUUCGCCAGGCGCCCGCUUCGCCCUGGGGGCCGCCGGCCGGGCCGCUCCGCUUGCAGCUCUUCGCCUGCCAGUCGCCCCUGCUGCUGGAAGCGCGGAGCCUGGACCCGCAGGGGGCGCCCCGGCCCGGCUGGGAAGUCUUCGACGUGUGGCGGGGCCUGCGCCCCCAGCCCUGGAAGCAUCUGUGCUUGGAGCUUCGGGCCGCGUGGGGCGGCGAGCCGGGCGCCGGGGAGGCCGAGGCGCGCGCGCCGGGGCCCCAGCAGCCGCCGCCCCCGGACCUGCGGAGUCUGGGCUUCGGCCGGAGGGUGCGGACCCCCCAGGAGCGCGCCUUGCUCGUCGUGUUCUCCAGGUCCCAGCGCAAGACCUUGUUCGCCGAGAUGCGUGAGCAGCUGGGCUCGGCGACCGAGGUGGUCGGCCCCGGCGCGGGCACCGAGGGGUCGGGGCCACCGCCGCCGCCGCCAUCGGGCACCCCGGACGCCGGGACCUGGCCGCCCUCGCCCGGCCGCCGGCGGCGGCGCACGGCCUUCGCCAGCCGCCACGGCAAGCGGCACGGCAAGAAGUCGAGGCUGCGCUGCAGCAAGAAGCCCCUGCACGUGAACUUCAAGGAGCUGGGCUGGGACGACUGGAUUAUCGCGCCCCUGGAGUACGAGGCCUACCACUGCGAGGGCGUGUGCGACUUCCCGCUGCGCUCGCACCUGGAGCCCACCAACCACGCCAUCAUCCAGACGCUGAUGAACUCCAUGGACCCCGGCUCCACCCCGCCCAGCUGCUGCGUGCCCACCAAAUUGACUCCCAUCAGCAUCUUGUACAUCGACGCGGGCAAUAACGUGGUCUACAAGCAAUACGAGGACAUGGUGGUGGAAUCAUGCGGCUGCAGGUAG